CUCCUGUCCGCAACCGCAAUGAAGUUCCUUCCAACUAGCCUUCUCAUCUUGGCUCUGGCAACCGCCACCGCUUUUGCCUUUGACCCAAGUCCUCUUCAGGACUUCUGUGUGGCCAUCAAUGACCCCAAAGUAUUUGUGAAUGGGAAGCUCUGCAAGGAUCAAAAACAAGUCACAGCAGAUGAUUUUCUCUUCAAGGGGUUCAGAUACCCAGGGAAUACGGCAAAUCCACUCGGAUCAAAAGUCACACCUGCUUUCGUAGACCAAUUUGCAGGACUCAACACUUUGGGCAUUUCCAUGGCUCGUAUUGACUUCGCUCCGGGUGGCCUGAAUCCUCCCCACACUCACCCUCGUGGGACCGAGAUUCUGGUUGUUACUGAGGGCACACUGCUUGUCGGCUUCGUCACGUCCAACCAAUUAAACAACACCUUCUUCACCAAAGUGUUGUACAAAGGGGAUGUGUUUGUGUUCCCAAUUGGUCUCAUCCACUUCCAGCUGAACAUUGGAAAGACCCCUGCAUUGGCCUUUGCUGCUCUGAGCAGCCAGAACCCAGGACUGAUUACCAUUGCUAAUGCCGUGUUCGGAUCAAAGCCACCCAUUUCGGCUGAUGUUCUCACCAAGGCCUUCCAAGUGGAUAAGAAGAUUGUUGACUACCUUCAAGCGCAGUUUUGGUAUGACAACAACUAAAUGGAUACACCUGCAAGACAGAGAUUGCCCCAUAUUCUCCAUACAUUAUAGCUUCCAUUAGAAAUUUCUUCCCAAUAAAGAACUGAGUAAUAAAAGAUCAUUCUCUUGUAGACUCUCUCUCUCUUUCUCUCUCUCAUUGGCUCCUAGCCCUUACAUGCACCAUGGGGCUAGCUGCUGAAGUGUGCUGUGAACAUACUA